AGCAAAUUGGACAUUCCCAAGGUCACUUUGGCGUCAUUCAAAGGUCGUCCUUAAGUCAUAGUCUCGUCACGAGUAGUUUUGUAAUUGUAUUUUAAUUGUUAUCUAAAUCCCACUGUGGUCAUUUGGGCUAAAUAGUUACUUAAGUGAAUGGAAGUCAGAUUAGGCUCAAUUCAAAAAGAAGUAUUCACGAACGUUAACAGUAACUAGUACACUCAUCCCUAGCCCCCAACAUUUGGGAAACUUCCCCAGGUCUAAGGGAAUUUCGGGGUUUUUGCGCCAUUUCCCCGAAAUUCACUAUAGCGGCUUUCUCAAAAUGGGCCAAAUAUUUCCCAAAAUUGGGAGCUUGGGAUCUAAAGCACAUCGAUGAAUUAUAGUUCCAAAAUAUUGAAAAAGUUGGUAAAAUGUUUGGAAGUAGACUUUCUAAAGUGGAAAUUGAAUAAUAAUGGGAAUCUACUGUUAUCAAAAAGUCAGUGGCUUGAAGGCCUGCAUGAAUAGAGUUCGGUUAACUCCCAGAAAACAAUCAAGAUGAAUAUCAGAUGGACUAAAAACUAGGCUCUUAAACAGUUAUAGGGUCUGGAUAACUUGCUGUUGAAGAUAACUCUUAUUAAAACGACAAUACGCGAACCACAGCAGUGAACUUGAAUUGAUAAUCAGGUUUACAAUUUCAGUGACUGACUCAAACUACAUUCAGUGGAAUUACUGUUCUCUGGAUGCUUAUCAUUUAAGAAAGUUGAUUACAAAGCACUGAAGCCAAAAAUCGUCAUUUUACUCAUGCAUAACUAUGAUAUCGUAUUAUUAAAUUCACUAGAACAGUAGCAGGAGAAUAUUCUCCCCAAAGACAGAUAUUUCAAACAAUACUGCCUUCAUAUAAUGACAGUAAGAAAGAAAGACCGUCCCAAGAGUUGUGUGAUUCGCAAUGACCAUGACUUUCCUUUUCUAGCGUCGGUAUAUUGGGACAGAUAAAUUCAACAAAAUCCCCCUUCCGUUUUUUAAAACAGAUAUUGUUUUAUGGAGCUCAAGCAGAUAGUUAUUAGGCUCUGUAAUCGCUAGUCCACUUUCCCCUUCUAAUACUUCGUGAUGUCUCUUUUCUUGAUGUGGGUAAUCAGGAUUUACGAGCAACGUACCCAAGUUUAGAGACACGGUAAUAUUUCUUAGCUGUCUAACUGAUUUUCUGCAUCAUCACGCCGUUACAAAUAAGAGAUUUUAUGUGGACAAUGAUCACUUGGCGGCCUGACCUACGUUAAAAUAUUUAACACAAAAAUCUGGUUUUGAAUGGAACUAACUGUGUAUCCAUGUUUCUUAAAUAUUCCACCAGGUGUCACAGGAUCCAUUAAUCUGUUUCUAUGGAGUUUCAGAAGCUCACUCAUUUAGAUCCUAGUUAUUGAAAUGCUGUACUCAUCGUGACUUCAUAAGGACAGGCAAAAGUCGGAAUACCUGUUGUUACUUGCAUUUUUUGCUAACAUAUUGAUAUAAACAAAUAAUGAGCUGUUCUGAAUACAGCUGUCUUCAAACAUUUGCGUGGAUUCUUUUCACACAUUUGUGGUGUUGUCACUGCCUAUAUUUAUAUACUUAAAGGCAGGGUUCAAUUACACCAACCAGUAAAUCCUGUGGGACUUCUUUUAAGGACGAUGUAAUGAAUAUUAUCACGUUGUUGAAAACUGGCGACUAUGUUGAAGAUGGAUGACAUUAAUUCAUCCAGUCAACUGAAUUCUCAUAACCUUAUAAAAUACCCAGACAUAUCCUGAUUUUUUGUUUCAAAAUUACUUUGUACAUUUAUUUUAUGAAUUCUUUCUUAUUGAAUCAUAUUCUACAUACCUAAUCUUUUUUACUACCACCGAUAAAACUGCUAAUAUUUAGGCAGUCACUUUCAUAAUUUCAUAUUUUUGUACUAAUAUUAUGUGGCGAAUUGAACCGAUUCACAUAUGCCCCAUGUUUUACGUUGCUUAUGACUAACGGACUGGUAAAAUACUGCUGUGCUGUUUUUAGGAAAAUAAUUACUUAAUUACAGUUAGUCUCAAGAUUUACCUUCUAUGAAUUGAAAGUCGCAUAUGUCUCUGAAUGAUAUCCAAGUAGUGUCCAUAAAAGUGUAUAAGCAAGCCUUUUUCAUAACAUUUUUGUGGACAUAUCCUAUAAGCUCUGGCUUGUUAUUCCUGCAUUAUAUACUAUGCUCAAAUGUUUUAUGUAUACGUUAAUUCUGGGAAUCAACACAAUUAUCCCAUUUUCCUAAAUUGAAUGACUGUUCAUAAUUGUUAUGUGCUGUUCUUUCAUUUCGAUUAGUUUAAAACGUUGAAUCUGUCAUCAACUAUGAGUGCAAAUAUUGAAAAGAUAUUUCUUAAUGUAAUGACGUCACGGCCUUUAUAUCAAUGGGCUGAUUUCGAAAAAUCACUAUUUUAUGCUCAAGAGGUUACGCGUGUUACUUAUGUGAAGGGCGAUUUCGAAAAAAUGCACACUGAUAAAGGGACACGAUAUAAGUACAUUAAUUACAAAUGUUCUCAUUCAACUGGACCAUCAAACUCUCCGAAUAUGAACAAUACCAAUGGUGUGUAAGUUUUCAUUAUUAGUUUAUCUAUUCCCUAAAUCUCUUAGUAAUGAAGGAUGUACUGCAGCAUUCCAAGUUCGAUGGGUUGAUAAUUGUUAUGUAGUCACCUUUAUAAAUCAGGAACAUAAUCAUAGUCACUCUUCAAAUAAUCGGGCGAAGAAAGCACCAGAAAAUAAAAGGAGACAUAUCGAUGCAUCGAAUGGAAAGAAAAGCCAAGGAAAUAAUCAAAGUUCUAAUCAUCCAAUAGUUAUAUCAAGUAUUCGAGACCAAAUAGCCCAAAGUAGUGAAACUUUGGACCAGGUUCUAUCGAUUAUCAAUCGGAAUUCAUAUGUUGGAAUUGAAAGAAAUUCUUCGGAUCAAGUAACACAAAUUACAUUAGCACGUUACGAACAAGUUGACGUAUAUCGUCAAUAUCCAGAAGUAGUACUUUUGAACGCUGCUUACGAUGUGAAUUCAACGGGAUUUUCAUUAUUUCAAUUUGUUGUGACUGACGGUUUUGGUUGUCCUAGACCAAUUAUGUAUUCAAUAAGCACUAUCCAACAAAAAGAAGAGAUAAAAAUUCUAUUAAAUCAUUUUUGCGGUAUUGUUGGCAGCGUUGAUGACACUCGCACAUUUAUAAUGGAUUGUGCUAUAGUUCAGUUGGAUGUUGUACAAAAAAUGUUUCCGAAAGCCAGAAUCUUACUGAAUCCUUUCAUUAUUAAAGAAUCAUUUACAAGAAAAUGCGAUAGUCUCACAGCUGUUGCAGUUUUUCACGCAAUGAUUACUACAGUAUCUCCUUUACAAUUUGAUUAUUACCUGGAGAGAUUAAAAAAUACUAGUAUUAAUGCAUAUAAUUACGUGGUGAAUACAUGGAUUCCUACAAAGAAAAUGUGGGCAGCUUCAUAUUGUCAGGAUGCUGUAACUCUUGGCGCCAGUACUGCUGAAAUCAUUAAAGGUGUAAAUUUCAGCGUUAAAGAAUCACUGAAAAAGCUUACUUCUGUUAAAGAAAUUAUGACUAUAAUAUAUAAUGAAGCUGGAAAGCAAUGGGUUUAUCCUAGUAUCAGUAUCAUCUCAUCAUCAUCGUUGUCAUUCCCUGGACAUUCUACUAAUAAUCUAAAUAAUAACAAUAAUUUAUCAGAGAAAUUUAAAUAUAUUUUAGAAAAAUUAACUGAUUAUGCAGCAGAAAUGGUCUACAAACGUUUAACUAAAGUUGAUAAAAUCAAUAUAGAUUUCACCAAUGAACAAUUAGCUUUAUGCGCAGAUUCUUCAUUUGUAUAUGAAGUUGAUCGUGACAAUGCUACAUGUUCUUGUUCAUUCAAUAUAUCGUCGUUUCUUCCUUGUGAACAUUUAUUAAAGGUGUUUAUGGUUCAUGGCCUACAUAAAGAUUUACUAUGUCAAAGUAAACGUUGGCUUCAAUGUAACAAUCAAAAUUUAUCUAAACCACCGAUAGUAGUAGUUACUGAACCAACAAAUCAAUCAAGUAUUUGUUUAGAUUAUAAAAAAGCUGUAACAGAUACAAUUGAAAAAUUAAAAGAUUUUCAAACACAAUAUUCGGAACAGGUUGUACUAGAAACAGCUAAACAAAUAACUAUUCUAUUAGAAUCAGUAUUACCAAAGUCAUCUAUAAUUUUAUUAAAUAAUAAAUAAUGAAUUUUCCUUGAUUAAGAGAACAGUUCAAUGUUUCUAUUUCAACAUAAAGUUUCUUGUAUAUAUAUCUAUCUAUAUUGAUUUAGUUAUGAAUAGGAUGAAAUACAAUAAUGUACAGCAGAUCAGUUUUUAUCCCAUUAUACAAAAUUCACAGAUUCUACACAGAUGUAUUCAACAUUUAAGAUAAUAUUCUGCUAUAUAAAUAUUUUUAUCUAACUUGAAUAAAACUUGACAAACAGCUGUUGAAUGGAUAAAAAAAGCCUGUUCAUUCUUGUUGUUAUCGCUGUUUGUGUUGUUAGUUCUCAAACUGUGUCCACUUAUAAUUCAACUUCCUGCAACAUUUUUAUAUAUCUACUAAAUUGUUUUAUCAAAAUUUAUAUUGAUUUUCUCAAUAUAAUAUUUUAGAUAUUGUAA